CGGCGGGAAAACACGUUCAUUCCUGUUCGUUCGUGUUCAUAAUCUUUUCACAACAAAAAUUAGCAGUUCGGCACCAGCGUUUCAGCAAAGUGUUAUCCCUAGACUUACAAAAUAUACUACAAUGCGUAACGUAGAAAUAAAAGCGAAAAUCACCGAUUACGACAACAUUUGCAAAAUCGCUCAAGAAUUGAGCGGUGGCCCGGCGAAAAUAAUCAAUCAAGAUGAUACAUUUUAUAAAGUUAAUGAAGGUCGGUUGAAAAUGAGGAUUUAUGAAGAUUCGUCGGCCACGCUGGUGAGGUACGAUCGAUCGGACGAGGGUGGACCUAAGCUUAGCAACUACGAAUUAUUGGAUUUCUCGGUUGAAGAAAAAGAAAAGGCUAAAUUAUUGGAUGAUAUGCUAAAGAAAUGUUUAGGAAUACGAGGCAGAGUUGUUAAGGAACGUAAACUCUUCAUGGUAGACCAAACCCGCAUACACAUAGACACUGUAGAAGAUUUAGGCAACUACAUGGAGUUAGAGGUUGUACUCCGUCCUGAGCAGACCUUGGAGGAAGGCCAGGCCAUCGCCCGUGACCUUCAGAACAAGCUCGGCGUAAAGGAUGAAGACCUCAUUGAAUGUGCCUAUGUAGACUUGUUAGAUAAAAAAACUAACUGAGUUGUCUUUUGUUUGUUUUUUUAUUCCAAUGUCUUGUAAGGCAAAAGUGAUUGUAAUUAAAAUUAUAACUUUUUUGGAUAAGUUUAACUGUAUAUGAUAAGUUCAUUUGUUGUCAUAAAAUACUGUUAGUUUUAAGCUUGAAAACAAAUUACAAAAGUUAAGUUAAAUUUUUGAUAUUAAAAAAUGCUUCAAAACUA